AAUGAUGUAUAUUCGUUGUUAUGGCGUCAUACUAUGAAAUGCAAUUUAAGAGAUGAUAUAUUUAUCAGUGUUUGCAUCACCUAUUCAGAUGAAGUCAUACAUUCUGGAUAGAUAACAACCGUUAGACGACAAGCGAUAACAACCUGGGCGCAUAUUACUAGCAUUUUUACGGCGCCAAUGCAAACGCAUAUUAUCCAUUCUUGCUCUUCGGAUUCGGUGUUUUAUGACAACAUCGAUUCACUGGAGCAUACAUGUACUCCAAGCUCAGCCUUAAUUGCAGAUCUCUCUCAAAGUAACACCCAAGUACAAUAACAAUGGAUCCAUACGCCGCAAAGUCAAGCACAGAAGCUACUCCACAAGAGAAGCUCGACAUUUUCAAUAGCAUAAUCCAACCAGUGAAGACCUCAAUGCUUACCUCACGCAAUGCAGAUGGUUUCCUCCACUCACGCGCGAUGAGCCCCGUUGCCGUUGACCAUUUGACAUACUACUACAUCGCAAACAUCAAGAGUGGGAAGACGAAGGAAUUCCAAAAUGACUCGCACGUUAAUAUCUCCUACUACGAUCCUUCAUCAACGAGCUGGGCCUCGCUCGCUGGAAGAGCUUCUGUCACACAGGACCAGUCUGUUAUCGACAAAGUCUGGAACCCUUCUUUGAAAGCCUGGUUUGGUGAUCUCAAAGAUGGAAAACACACGGGAGAUAAGGAUGAUCCAAGAAUUAUGGUCAUCGUCGUCAAACCCGAAUCAUUGCAUUUCUGGCAUAACACCUCAUCUAAGAUUGGCUUCGCAUAUGAAGUCGUCAAAGGCGCAGUAACCGGCGAUACAGCCGCCCCUGGUGAACUUAUUACUAUCGAACAUGACGAAAUCAAACUUAUCAGUGGCUUGAAGAAGUAACAUAUUUUGUAAUAACUCACGACUAAUCAUAAGAUCAUUAAAAUGCUAUAAACAAUUGAACUUAUGUCAUACAAAAGCGGGUCAUGCUAGGUGUUCGAUGAGACUAUGUGAAGAUGAUUGGUGAUGCGAGUGCGGCUGGUCGUUUGGCUCUGAGAGGUGUUGUUUAAAAACUUCAGUGAGGGUAUUAAUCCAAUCAAUGGAUCCACCGUUGUGGUUCAAAGGAGACUUAUUUUGCGUCUCAUAUAUCGGUUGGCCCUCAAAUACGUCAAAGGAUCGUUGUACUUCUGCCGUUUCAGGACUUGUUUCCUUUGCAGGCAUAUUAGGUGCCAUUUCCUCUAGCUGGUCUUCCUCUACGUAUCCAUCACCAUCCUCAUACGCUUGCACUGUGUUGUUGUAUUCUCGAGUAGCGGUGUUAUCGCCUUCUAUAAAGUUUAAGACAUCUUCCCUCGUAAUACUAUCAUGUGAGAUAGCUUUAGGCAGGUCAUGUUCCAUAUUUAUUACACUCUGGAGCUCGUCCCAUUGAGAGUUUAGCAAUUCAAUGUCCUCCUGUUGUUGUAGUUGCUGUUGGUCGUAAUUGCUGUAAAAUCCAUCACGAUAGUAGUCCUCAAUCUGGUCGAACUCUUGCAUAUCAUCUUCAUUAGGCGGUUGUACCCCCUCCUGUGCGAUUUCAAAGCAGUCUGCUUUCUUGACUACCUCUUGAGAGCGCUUAGAAGACUCUUGUGAUUGUGUAGUCUGAGGAGCACCACCCGCAGUGGUAGCUUGUGAAUUCUGGAUAAAUGUAGACUCCGCGAGCAGAGGUUCUUGUGUGUUUGAGACAGUAUUUUGGAUAUCGUUAUGCACAAUUACUUCCUCUUUCUCAUCAUUCUCGUACCGGCGGAGCUUCUUUGGCGAUGGCGGUGGAGAUAGCUUGGUAGCCGGUGAAGGAGGAGGCUUUUCGGUAGCUUUUGCCAGCGGUCUGGCAGUAUAUCGCAAAAGCAAAUCGAUAGAACUCCAUAUCUUUGGAUCUGUGCUUUGCUUCUUAUGUUUAUUCGAGUUGAC